AAUAGCGUAUGGAAAAAAUAAUAACAGUGCAGAAGUGUAUCUCUGUUGAAAGUUGUUAGAUUUUAGUUGCUGGUUUUUAAAAGUUGUAAAAUCAAAGUGUUUUUUCAAGAAACAAAUCAGCAUGGACGAGCUCGAGAAGCUCGAGCAUCUGUCGCUCGUGUCGAAAAUAUGCACGGAGCUGGAAAAUCACUUGGGUCUGAACAAUAAGGACUUGGCCGAGUUCGUGAUACACUUGGCUGAAGAAAACAGCACCUUCGAGUCCUUCAAAACAGUCCUCGUGAAGAAUGGAGCUGAAUUUUCAGAUUCGCUCGUCGCCAACUUGCUGCGCAUCAUUCAACACAUGAAGCCCAAAAGGACGAACUUUGCCAACAGUGAGUCAACGUCUGGUAAUUCUGAAAAGGACAAAUUGGCAUACAAGUUUCCAGGAUUGGCUCUACCUGAUGAGGCGCCUCAGAAGCAAACUAUUGCCAACGAAGAGGACGUUAAGAAGGUAGAUGCCGUUAACAAUCCUGAGGGCAAUGGUAAGUCUAGCGAAAACAAAGAAAGUGAGAAAAGCAGUAGGAGAAACAGAGAUAGGAGUAAAGAGAGAAACAAGUCACGAGAAAGAAAUAGGAGCAAGGAUAGGGCUAGAUCUAGGGAUAGAGAGCGAAAGAGGGAUAGGUCUCGAUCGAGAGGUAGAAAUCGCAGCAGAGACAGAGGCAGGUCUAGGGAUAGAGAUAGAGGUAGAGAGAGGCCCAGAUCCAGGGACAAGGAGAGAAAUCGUUCCAGGGACCGGGACCGUGACCGAGAGAGAAAUCGCUCGAGGGAUAGAAAUCGCGACAAGGAGAGGGACAGGUCUAGAGAUAGGAGGAACCGCAGGUCGAGAGACAGGAGUGGCACUAGAUCCUCCAGAGAUUCCAGAGAACAGUCGAGGAGACCUAAGAAGCGUGAAAGCGCCUCGCGCUCCAGAUCGCGAUCCAAUUCAGCCGAAGAGUUGUCCCAAACAGCAGAAGUCGGCAAGAUAUAUCACGGUAAGGUCGCCAACAUAGUGCCGUUUGGCUGUUUCGUACAGUUGGAUGGGCUCCGAAGGCGCUGCGAAGGCUUGGUUCACAUAUCUCAGCUCAGAAGGGAAGGAAGAAUUGCAAGCGCCAGUGACGUCGUUUCGCGCGGCCAAAAAGUCCUGGUCAAGGUUCUCAGUAUUGCUGGGCAAAAGAUAUCUUUGAGCAUGAAGGACGUGGAUCAAGAGUCAGGACGUGACCUCAAUCCGAUCUUUGACGCGCCCAAAGCCGAUGAGGAUGAGCAGCAUCUGAGGAACCCGGAUCGUCCGGCCACUCUGCUGGAAUUCCAGAACAACAUGGACGAGAACGACAUAGCUGCCAAGAAGCGAAUUAGAAUGUCAUCCCCGGAGAAGUGGGAGAUCAAGCAGAUGAUGGCCGCGGCUUGCAUCGAUAAGAGCGAGCUGCCGGAGUUUGACGAGGAAACGGGAAUUCUGCCGCGCGAGGACGACGAAGAGGAGGACAUCGAGAUCGAGCUGGUCGAGGAAGAACCGCCCUUCCUGCAGGGCCAUGGCAGAGCACUUGGCGACCUAAGCCCGGUGAGAAUAGUCAAGAAUCCCGAUGGCUCGCUUGCUCAGGCCGCUAUGAUGCAGAGCGCCCUGGCAAAGGAGCGACGAGAGCAGAAAAUGAUUCAAAGAGAACAAGAAGUGGAAUCUAAUCCAACUGGCCUUAACAAAAACUGGAUAGAUCCACUACCAAAUACAGAAGGCCAAACUAUGGCUGCUAAUAUGAGAGGAGUUGGCAUGCAGAUGCAGGACUUGCCAGAGUGGAAAAAGCACGUCAUAGGGGGCAAAAAGAGCUCAUUUGGUAAAAAGACCAAUCUCAGCAUUUUAGAACAACGCCAGUCUUUACCGAUCUACAAGCUGAGGGAUGACUUGAUUAAAGCUGUAACGGACAAUCAAAUUUUAAUUGUCAUCGGAGAGACGGGCUCUGGCAAGACAACCCAAAUAACGCAGUAUUUGGCGGAGGUAGGCUUCACUGCCAGGGGCAAAGUUGGUUGCACGCAGCCCAGAAGAAUUUCGGCAAUGUCCGUCGCCAACAGGGUCGCAGAAGAGUUUGGCUGCAGGCUUGGACAAGAAGUAGGGUACACCAUUCGUUUCGAAGACUGCACUGGUCCUGAGACCAUAAUAAAGUUCAUGACUGAUGGUAUGAUGCUGAGAGAGUGCUUGGUGGACCCAGAUUUGAAAUCGUACUCUGUCAUCAUGCUGGAUGAAGCUCACGAGCGUACGAUUCACACGGAUGUACUGUUUGGCCUGUUGAAAAAGGCCGUGGGCAGAAGGCCGGACCUGAAGCUGAUUGUCACUAGUGCGACCCUAGAUGCCGUCAAGUUCUCCCAGUACUUCUACGAAGCGCCAAUAUUCACCAUUCCCGGAAGAACCUUCGAGGUCGAAGUAAUGUACACAAAGGAGCCGGAAACAGAUUACCUGGACGCUUCUCUGAUAACAGUGAUGCAGAUCCACCUAAGAGAACCACCUGGCGACAUACUGCUCUUCCUCACCGGUCAGGAGGAGAUCGACACAGCUUGUGAAAUACUUUACGAGCGCAUGAAGUCUCUGGGACCGGAUGUCCCAGAGCUGAUCAUACUACCGGUUUACUCGGCUCUGCCCUCGGAAAUGCAGACGAGGAUAUUCGAGCCGGCGCCUCCGGGCUCUCGAAAAGUCGUCAUUGCGACUAACAUUGCCGAGACCAGUCUAACCAUAGACGGAAUUUUCUACGUAGUCGAUCCCGGCUUCGUCAAGCAAAAGGUAUACAACUCCAAGACCGGAAUGGACAGUUUGAUCGUUACCCCGAUUAGUCAGGCUGCAGCCAAACAGAGAGCUGGCAGAGCUGGGAGAACCGGCCCAGGCAAAUGCUACAGACUAUACACGGAGAGGGCCUACAGGGACGAGAUGCUGCCCACGCCCGUACCUGAAAUUCAACGCACGAAUCUGGCAACUACCGUACUCCAACUAAAGACAAUGGGCAUUAAUGACCUGCUGCACUUUGACUUCAUGGACGCCCCACCGGUGGAGUCGCUCAUAAUGGCUCUCGAGUCCUUGCACAGUCUGAGCGCCUUGGACGACGAAGGCCUCCUGACGCGAUUGGGCCGACGAAUGGCCGAGUUUCCCCUCGAGCCGAACUUAUCGAAGAUGCUCAUCAUGAGCGUGCACCUACAGUGCUCCGACGAGAUCCUGACGAUAGUGAGCAUGCUGUCGGUGCAGAACGUGUUCUACAGGCCCAAGGACAAGCAGGCCGUAGCCGACCAGAAGAAGGCCAAGUUCAACCAAAUCGAGGGCGACCACCUGACCCUCCUCGCGGUCUACAACUCGUGGAAGAACAACAAGUUCAGCAACGCCUGGUGCUACGAAAACUUUGUCCAGAUACGUACCCUCAAACGAGCCCAGGACGUUCGCAAGCAGCUGCUGGGUAUUAUGGACAGGCACAAGCUGGAUGUAGUCUCUGCAGCGAAAAACACCGUGAGGAUACAGAAAGACGUAUGCUCGGGUUUCUUUCGGAACGCGGCGAAGAAGGACCCGCAGGAGGGCUACCGUACCCUCGUCGACAGCCAGGUCGUCUACAUUCACCCGAGCAGUGCGCUCUUUAAUCGUCAGCCUGAGUGGGUCAUAUAUCACGAGCUCGUCCAGACGACAAAGGAAUACAUGCGAGAGGUCACGGCCAUCGAUCCCAAAUGGCUCGUCGAGUUCGCCCCGGCCUUCUUCAAGUUCUCCGAUCCGACGAAACUCAGCAAGUUCAAGAAGAACCAGAGACUCGAGCCUCUGUACAACAAGUACGAGGAACCGAACGCUUGGAGAAUAUCUCGCGUUCGGAGACGUCGAAAUUAAAGUGGUUUUUUUUUUAUUUUUUUAUUUCAUUCAUGUUUUAUUUAAUGAUAAUAUGUACAAUUCAAGUUCGUUUCAACGCUGUAUUGUGCAAAACUAGUUAUACAUUAGGUUCAAUGAAGUUGUAAAUACUUUGGUGUACAUAUUAUAAUAUAGGAACAUUGAUACUGUAAUA